CGCGCUUUAAGGGAGCAUGCGCAGAGCUGCGCCCUUUGGUGUUGUGUGGGGCGCCGCCAUCUUGUCCUGGUCCCCGUCCUCCGCCGAGCUCCGCCGCCGCGAUGCCGGACGAACCGGACUUGGAGGUGUAUAAAACACCGCCGAGCCGCACUCCGGUACGGGAGAGCACUUCGACUGUGCCCAACCCGGUCACCUUCAUCCAAACCGCCUUCAACUAUAUCAUCGAUGCGCCCGUUACCUUCGUACGAGAGUGGAUCGAGCGGCAACAAGCCAAGAACAAGAGCUAUUACUACCACCAGAAGUUCCGCCGUGUGCCCGACCUGAGCGAGUGCAAGGAGGGGGAUUAUCUCUGCUUCUACGAGGCUGAAGCGCAGUGGAGGAGGGACAGGUUGGUGGAUCAGCAGAUCGUGGAGAUAAUCCGGGAAAGGCUCGGUGCGUGCAAGCACAGGGAAGGACCAAACCAGUUUCAGAACUGCGCUAAGGAGGCGGAGCUGCUUGCACAGGUCACCAAAGCCUAUCAGGAGAGAUAUGGUGAUCUUGGUGUCCAUGGAAAUGCCAGGAAGUGUCUGAUGAAGCAGAAGCACAGGAUGAUAGAAGAAAUGAAGGCAAAAGAAAACGCGUCUCAGUAGAUCCGGUUAUGGAAUUAAUUAGCACCUCCCUCAUUGGUGCUUCUCUCAAAUCCUUGUGUUACACCUGUGAACUGUGAUGUUCUAUAAUAAACUUGCAAACCCAAACAUCUGCCGUACCA